ACUACACCUACACUCUUGUUUACGCAAAGCCACGGGUGCCCCUUCGGUGCUGCAUGCGUGUAGUGCUUGCGGAACGUGCGUACACCUAGGAAUUGAAAACGAUCGUUGGAACGGGAGGUUGCAUUUAUCGCUUUAUUAAGAAUAAAUUUUAUACGCGCAUUGUUUUUGCGACGCGUGUUAGAUCGCGCGUAGCGGGAUCUGCCGAAAGUGACGCACGCGACGCGAGUCUCGAGGCGCGUUCGCACGCGCGGUUGCAUUACACUCGCGCCGCUACCACUUCUGACAGUUCUGACAUCAGGCAGGUGAGAAAAGGGACACCGCGAUGCAGUCCGUGAACAAGAAUGGACCACCGCCGCCCUACGAACCGCCGCCUUACGCGCCGCCCGCUUACUCGCAGAACGUCGGAGGCGUACCUCCAGCCAGUCCGUUCACACCGGCGCAGACUUACGCAAACGGGCCUACCAUAGUCACCACUAUCGUCCCACUUGGGCCGCAGUCGACUCACACAAUUUGUCCGCAUUGCCACGCUGAAAUAGACACGUCGACGAAAACCGAGCCCGGCAUGAUCGCUUAUAUCUCGGGUGUCGUCAUAGCGCUGCUGGGAUGUUGGUUUGGUUGCUGCUUGAUUCCGUGUUGCAUCGACGAGUGCAUGGAUGUCCAUCACACCUGUCCGAACUGUAAAGCUUACUUGGGACGUCAUAGAAGAUAAGUGGAUUACAUCAGCACAUCCACACGUUGCAUUUUGAACGUUGAAAUGUCUACGAUACUACCAUAAUGUAAUAUACCGCUUGAUUUUGACCUCGUGGAAGACAGCUCUAAUAUGAGUAAGAGAAGAACAAGUGUUGUGAAAGAGGAUGUAGCUCCAAUUAGAUCGAGUCAGUUAAAUCUUUAUGAUGAAGAUAUAUACGCUGUUCAAAGUCCGAGACUCGCGGUAUGAUUUUUUUUUUGCGCUAGAUUGCGUGCGAUCUAGUACAAUUAUUGGAAUUGCAUCAUGCAGGAAAGCGUUCAGACUUCCCACCUGGGUACACUCAUCAUUUUAUCCUUGUUUAAAUUUCGAUGAACAAGGAUAAAAUGAUACCUGGAUACAUCCAAAUUAAUAAUCUGAACACUUUCCUGUAUAAUGCAAUUCUAAUAAUAGCAGGGAUGCGUUCAGGAAUUCGCGAUACAUCAUGUUAUCUUUGUUAUCCGCCGCAUAUUAUUUACACAAGGAUAAAAUGAUAUCUAAAGGAAUCUGGACGAAGUUUCCGAAUGCAUCCCAGAAUGCAGAAUUUCUAAUUUACUACAUCAAACGUCGAUCUAACGGGAAAAAUCGCAUUGCGUGCCUCGGGCUUUAAAUAAUUGUACAAUUCUAUUUUUUUAACUUUAACGUCUAUAAGAAACUUUAUCGCGUACAAUUUGUUGCAGUCUCUUGCAGUCUUUCUUUUUAAAUAUUUGUCAUACUUUUGCAUGAUGUCAAUGGAUUGCGUGCAAGAUUUUUAAUAGCAGGAAGCAUGUCAUUCUAAAACAUUUGUUGAAUAACUGGUUAAAAAAAAAAGAAACUUAUACUUCCAUAUUAUAUUAAUAGAUUUGUGCUUCCAAUAUUUAUUUCCAUUACUAACGUAAAUAUGUGCCGACUAUCUACAGUAUUGAUUUUUAAAAAUUUUAAUAUGUUAUUAAUGAUUCCGUCAUGAUUUAUUCCGUUUUUUGGCUCAGAUGUUAUGUUUGUAUUUAUAACAGAAUGUUAACAUGGCUAUAAAAUUAAUAGGCAGCAAUACAU